AUGUCUUUUCAUUUAUUAACCAAACUUUCUCGUGACAUUUGUCAACUUUUCGAUACUGCGGCGUAUUAUGAUGUAAUUAUUCGUGUUGGAAAAGGAACACUUGCAAAGGAAUUCCAGGCACAUUCGCUUAUAUUGAGAACUCGUUCCAGUUAUUUUCGUGCUAACCUGGUAGGAGAUAAGGCCAAAACUGAAUAUGACAAAAUCAUCAUUAAUAAAACUAAUAUAACACCUUCAGUAUUUGAAGUUAUUCUCAAUGGGAAAGUUGAUUUUAUGAAUUGUAGAGGUCAAAAUACUCUUGAUUUGCUCUUUGCAGCUGAAGAACUUGGUCUCAUUGAAAUUUUAGAAUAUAUUCAAGAUCAUUUAAUCCACAAUCAGGCAGAAUGGAUGGAUACAAAUUUCAUAGAAUAUCAUAGAGAAAUUUUCGAUCACGAUUCUUUUAAGACUCUCCAAAUUCAUUACACUAAUAAAAUUGCAAAAACUCCUAUGUGUGUUUUUGAAAAUCAACAAAUUUUUAGUCCUACAAUAUUGAAGUCUCUCGAUGAUCGUGGAUGUAUCAAACUUAACGAAGCUAUGUGGGGUUUCAUUGUUAAUUGGACAAGAUUCCAAAUUCCUAGAUUAAGCAAUCAAGUUUCGGGAUGGCUUAAAGAAGAUUGGGAUGAAUUCAAAGAAACUCUUGAAAAAUGUAUUCCAUGGAAAAGUAUUAUGAAUUUAAGUUGGUCUGAAUUCAGUGAUCUUUUGAUUCCAUGCGAACCUUUCAUACCCAAGGAACGUUUCGAAGAGGCUCUCAUACAUCAUUUAGUGAAAGGUUGCGGCUCAACCUCAAUUAUUACUCCUAUUUCCGCGAAUAAUGGCUCUACAAUUCUUAAUAUUUCGGAUAUUAGUAGACUAACUCGGGUCGCAAUUCAUAAACGACAAGGGUAUGGGCCUUGCUUUGGACAAGAAGAUUUAUUGGCUUUUCCUAAUGGGAAACAAGCAAUUUUGUGGAAGACUAAUGAUAAUUCCGAAUCUUUACCAGUAGUAGAUUAUGAAGUUUAUCAGGUUGUUGAUAAACUUCGAAGACCCAAUUUCAAUUCUUCAGCACAUGAAAAGAGUGGAAUUAAUAUGCAAGUUGAAGAGAGAACAUAUGAUAAAGCUAUAGAAUGUUUGAAUUCUUUACAAACAAAUUAUGCUGUCCUCGAUGCAAUCCGUAAGUCCGGUAAUAUGCUGAACGAACAAAGUUUACCAGAAAUGAGAAAAUUUUGUAAACAGAUAGGUUAUGAGUCAUCUGAUUUUGACAAAUUAAAUAUUAUUCAUGUUUCUGGUACCAAAGGCAAAGGAUCUACUUGUGCUCUGAUUGAAUCUAUUCUUAGAAACUACGAUACACCACAUGUAAAUAACAUUAAAACAGGUUCGUAUAUUUCUCCUCAUCUUAUUGCUGUUCGAGAGAGAAUUCGAUUAGAUGGCAAAAAUUUGAGCGAAGAAAAAUUCGCAAAGUAUUUUUUUGAAUGUUGGGAUAAGUUUAAAUUUACACCUCAGAGUGAUCAAAAACAGAUUACACCAAAUUAUUUUCGAUUUCUUACAUUGAUGGCCUUUCAUGUUUUUAUGAAAGAAGAGGUGGAUGUAGUAAUUCUGGAAGUAGGAAUAGGUGGUGAAUAUGAUUCAACAAAUAUUGUAGAGAAACCGAUUGUUUGUGGAGUCACAUCUUUGGGAUUUGACCAUCUAGCUAUAUUAGGAAAUACAAUUGAUUCAAUAGCAUGGCAUAAAGGAGGAAUUUUCAAGCAAAAUAUUCCAGCUUUCACUGUUAAUCAACCAAAGAUUGCUUCUGAUGUUUUAAAGAAUCGUGCUAAAGAAAUCAAUGUAAAGAAUGUUUCAUUGAAUGUCUCAUUGAACGUUUCAUUGAACGUUUCAUCGAAUGUUUCAUUGAAUGUUUCAUUAAUUGUUUCAUUUUUAGGCACCCUUUACUCAAGAUUACCGGGAAAACAUCAACUUAUAAACGUAUCUUUAGCGACUGAGCUAUGUCGCACUUGGUUUGAAAAAGUAAAGAAUAUUAAACAUGAACAAAAAAUACCCCCAGAAUUUAUUCCUGGAAUUGUUAAAGCUAAAUGGCCUGGUCGAAAUCAAACACUUAAACUAGAAAAGUAUCAUAACGUAACAUGGUUUUUUGAUGGUGCUCAUACAAUAGAAAGUAUACAAGCAUGUGCGGACUGGUUUGAAGAAACUGUUCUUUCAAAAGAAAAUGAAAAUAAUCAAAAUUCAUCACAAAACAUUGAAAGAAUUCUGAUAUUUAAUUGCUUUGAGAACAGAAAUGGUCCAGAACUUUUAAAAAUAAUCAAAUCAAAAAAUUUAAUCAAUCGUGCAAUAUUUUGUACAAAUGUAACAUUUUCCACUCACCAAUUCAAACCUGAUUUGCAAAAUAACACAAUUAAAGUCGAUUUAUCAUGGCAACAAAAACUUGCAAAUUCCUGGUCUUCGUUAUCUCAAGAAGCCAAUACUGAAUCAGGUGAAACAAAAUAUUAUUCUACAAUUCAAGAUGCGCUUGAAUGGGUGAUAGACCAUUCAAAAAAAAAUGAACAUAAAAAAAUACAAGUAUUAGUUACUGGAAGUUUUCAUCUAAUUGGUGGCGUGAUGGCUGUAUUGGGUUAUGAUGUUGAAUAA